CUUUGUUAGUGGUGAUGCUAACACACAGAGAACCGCCUGGCCGUCCAACCUGGGAUGGAUUUAGAAGAAGCUUUUCAAGUUGUCGGCGAAUUUGGACCCUACCAGCAGCGGGCGGUGGCUGUGCUUGUUCUCACACAGGUGUAUAUGGCCUGUCAGUCCAUGCUGAUUGUUCUGGUUGGAUCUACUCCGGAGUAUCACCUCGAGCCUCAGGACGGAGAUUCGUCCGGCCUGCAACGCGUCGUCUUCACCGAGGACAUCGACUCCAUAGUGACCGAGUGGUUUCUGGUGAAGCAGCAGGCCUAUAAGGUCAGUCUCGCCGGGUCGCUGUUCUUCGCCGGGCUUUUGUUCGGGAACGUUUUCUUCGGGCCUCUCUCCGAUAAGAUCGGCAGGAGACCUGUUUACCUGACAGGUGGGGAAUAUCUAUCUGUGUUUGCAGGGACUCUGCUGAGCGUUACGUCGCUGGCGCUUCUGGGAAAACUGAUGGUCAGCGCAGCGUUCAACAUCGCCUACGUUUACACCUCCGAACUCUACCCGACAGUCAUCAGGAAUGCUGGUUUGGGAGUUUGCUCCAUGGCCUGCAGAGUUGGAGGAAUUAUUGCUCCGUUUGUUCCCUCCAUGCGUGCUCUCCACACCUCCAUGCCCUUCACGGUGUUCUGCCUCAGCGGCUUCUCGGCCGGCUGCCUCGGCCUCCUGCUGCCGGAGACUCUGAACAGACCAGCAGUCGACACUCUGGAGGAGCUGAGCAACGACACACACUGCAGAGUGCUGGAGAGCAAG